AUGGGUCACAGUCGUGCGAACUCAUCCCAAAUGCCCGGUGCUGAUAACAACACCAGUAGUACUAUUUGCAUUAAUUCACUGAAUUACCCGCUUGCCCGCAAGGAUCAAUCUAUAGUAGAUGAUUUCCAUGGUGUUAAGGUUGCUGAUCCUUAUAGAUGGCUGGAAGAUCCGAACUCAAAUGAAACAAAAGAUUUUGUUGAGCAGUUGAAUUCGAUAUCAAAACCGUUUAUUGCUAGUUCACCAUAUCGAGAGAAGAUUAGCAAAAGACUGACAGAACUUUGGGAUUAUGAAAAGUUUAGUUCAUAUUCCAAAAGAGGCGAUUAUUACUACCAUUAUUACAAUUCAGGAUUGCAGAACCAAAGCAUUAUAUAUCGGCAAAAAGGUUUGGAUGAUAGAGCCGAAGUAUUUCUUGAUCCUAAUAAGUUUUCUGAAGAUGGCACAACUGCUAUAACGCUAGUAUCGUUUACUCGUGAUGGUUCCAUAUUAGCUUAUGGUAUUUCUGAGAAAGGUAGUGACUGGGUUACCUUGAAGUUCAGAAGAGUUGAUGGUACUGAUCUCACGGACGUGGUAAUGGGCGUGAAACACAGUGGCUUAGAUUGGUUGAUCGAUAAUAGUGGAGUUUUUUACUCGACAUAUCCUGAGCAUAAAAGUUCACUUGUGGGAUCUUCAACAGAAAAACAUGAAUAUCACUCAUUAUAUUAUCAUAAAUUAGGCACACCUCAAAGUGACGAUGUAUUAGUUGCUGAAUUUCGAUCUGACUCUAAAUAUAUGUGGUUUGCCUAUGGUGUGGUAUCAAAAGAUGGUCGUUAUUUAUUGGUGGAAGUCAGUCGAGGUACUGACCCUAACAAUAUGAUUUAUUAUUGUGAUAUGCAAGAAGCUGGACAGAAAAUUACGGGGAAAUUAGAACUGAAGACGUUAUUCGAUAAAUUGGAUGCGAGAUAUGAAUUUGUUGAUAAUAAUGAGGAUAAAGCGUUGAUUUUGACGAAUCAUGAUGCACCAAUGUUCAAAUUAAUUCGUGUAAAAAUGUCUACUGCUAAUCAGGGACCUUCAGUAUGGGAAACAGUCAUUCCAGAAAGUAAUAAUAAGUUAGAAUGGGUGGUGAAUAUCGGUGGAGAUCGUUUACUAGUUUCAUAUUUAGAAGAUGUGAAAAACAAACUUUAUGUGCAUUCGUUGGAAACUGGUGAACGUUUUUAUGAAAUAAUAUUAGAAACAGGGACUGUAUCAGGAGUUUUUGGUGACAAAUAUCAUACCGAAAUAUUCAUACGUAUUGAUUCAUUUCUCACACCUGGUAUUGUCUACUAUGCUAACUUCAAGGAUAAAAAACCCGAAGAUGAAAUCGUGCUAAAAGAGUAUCGCAGAACCGCUAUUAAAGGAGUAGAUACUAGUAAAUUUGCCAUGAAGCAAGUGUUUUAUGCAAGCAAGGAUGCAACGAAAGUGCCAAUGUAUAUUAUUCAUAACAAAGAUCUAGUUUUGGAUGGAAAUAAUCCAGUUUUACUAAUAGGAUAUGGUGGCUUCAACAUCGCUCUAAUGCCACAUUUCUUCGUUUCUCACAUUUUAUUUUUAGCGAAUUUUAAGGGCGUUGUUGCUGUAGCUAAUUUACGUGGCGGAAGUGAAUAUGGUGCCAAGUGGCAUGAAGCUGGGAUGCGCGAACAAAAACAAAAUGUAUUUGACGAUUUUAUAGCUGCUGCCGAAUAUCUUAUCAAUAAUAACUAUACAUCUUCAAAUAGAUUAGCUAUUCAUGGUAAGUCAAAUGGAGGCUUACUAGUCGGUGUUGUUUCUCAGCAGCGUCCUGAUCUCUUUGGUGCGGUGUUAAAUCAAGUUGGUGUACUUGAUAUGUUACGAUAUCACAAAUUCACCAUAGGAAGUGCUUGGGUACCUGAAUAUGGUGAUCCCGAAGAUGAGUUGGAUUUCAAAUAUAUUUACAAAUAUUCUCCUCUUCAUAAUAUCGAGAUUCCUAAUAAAAGCUAUCAGUGGCCACCGACGAUGCUUUUGACUGCCGAUCAUGAUGACCGUGUGGUGCCAUCGCACUCCUUGAAAUACAUAGCUCGUUUGUAUGAAGCCGCGCAAGGAUCAUCUGGUUUCCAAAAGAAUCCGUUAAUUAUUCGAGUUGAUAGCAAAGCAGGCCAUGGUGCUGGAAAGCCGACUAGUAAAAUUAUCGCUGAAAUUACGGAUAAGUAUAGUUUCUUGCAGAAAGUCUUGAAUUUGGAGUGGCAUGACUGA